AUGCGAUGCUUCCUUGGGUUUAGUUGUGACGUCAACAAAUCAGCUCCGCUGACAUCCUUUCAUCUGGAUGCCUCUGGAGUUUUACCACUACCACUCGCCACCAACGCCAACACUUCAAAUUCGCUUCCAUCCUCGCACCCGCCUGCCGCCCAGCCUGCCCUUUACACUCCAGAGGCACAAUGGUCAAGGGCAAUGACCUUGCACAACGCCUUGGUCGUCCUACAGACUCUGCUAUGGUUAACCUCUGCUAUGCCUACCGGGCGAUCUUCAGAGGAUCAAAUCCGCCACCGCCACCAUCCGCCCUCCAUCAAACUUCAACUCGCCUCCAUCAACGAACCACCCCUCGCCCAACCUACCGGGCGGUUUUCAGAGGAUCAACCAAAAAUAACGCGUUCUAAGGAUCUCCCUUUGAGCGCGGGCCUUCACUCUCCAGCGGGGUUCGAGCAAGCCUAUUCAAAGUGCUCUAAGGAGUGCGGAUCUACGAUCAACACCUUCAUGCGGCGGAUCUGCACCUUGGAGCAGCAGAUCUGCACCUUGGAGCAGCAGAUCUGCACCUUGGAGCAGCAGAUCUGCACCUUGGAGCAGCAGAUCUGCACCUUGGAGCAGCAGAUCUGCACCUUGGAGCAGCAGAUCUGCACCUUGGAGCAGCAGAUCUGCACCUUGGAGCAGCAGAUCUGCAUCUUGGAGCAGCAGAUCUGCACCUUGGAGCAGCAGAUCUGCACCUUGGAGCAGCAGAUCUGCACCUUGGAGCUUCCACCACUUGAAGCUUCAACGAUUGAAGCCUAUUCAAAGCGCUCCGAGGAGAGAGAAGCAGAGAAGGGGUGUGAAGGAGAGAAGCAGAGAAGGGGUGUGGAGGAGAGAAGCAGAGAAGGGGUGUGGUGUGGAGGAGAGAAGCAGAGAAGGGGUGUGGUGUGGAGGAGAGAAGCAGAGAAGGGGUGUGGUGUGGAGGAGAGAAGCAGAGAAGGGGUGUGGUGUGGAGGAGAGAAGCAGAGAAGGGGUGUGGUGUGGAGGAGAGAAGCAGAGAAGGGGUGUGGUGUGGAGGAGAGAAGCAGAGAAGGGGUGUGGUGUGGAGGAGAGAAGCAGAGAAGGGGUGUGGUGUGGAGGAGAGAAGCAGAGAAGGGGUGUGGUGUGGAGGAGAGAAGCAGAGAAGGGGUGUGGUGUGGAGGAGAGAAGCAGAGAAGGGGUGUGGUGUGGAGGAGAGAAGCAGAGAAGGGGUGUGGUGUGGAGGAGAGAAGCAGAGAAGGGGUGUGGUGUGGAGGAGAGAAGCAGAGAAGGGGUGUGGUGUGGAGGAGAGAAGCAGAGAAGGGGUGUGGUGUGGAGGAGAGAAGCAGAGAAGGGGUGUGGUGUGGAGGAGAGAAGCAGAGAAGGGGUGUGGUGUGGAGGAGAGAAGCAGAGAAGGGGUGUGGUGUGGAGGAGAGAAGCAGAGAAGGGGUGUGGUGUGGAGGAGAGAAGCAGAGAAGGGGUGUGGUGUGGAGGAGAGAAGCAGAGAAGCGGUGUGGUGUGGAGGAGAGAAGCAGAGAAGGGGUGUGGAGGAGAGAAGCAGAGAAGGGGUGUGGAGGAGAGAAGCAGAGAAGGGGUGUGGAGGAGAGAAGCAGAGAAGGGGUGUGGAGGAGAGAAGCAGAGAAGGGGUGUGGAGGAGAGAAGCAGAGAAGGGGUGUGGAGGAGAGAAGCAGAGAAGGGGUGUGGAGGAGAGAAGCAGAGAAGGGGUGUGAAGCAGAGAAGCAGAGAAGGGGUGUGAAGGAGAGAAGCAGAGAAGGGGUGUGA